AUGGCCCAACCGGACGCCUCCACAAGCUAUAUUACGCUUGUUUCCUCCGAUAACCACAAGUUUAUCUUGAUGAAAGACGUGGCGCUGAUUUCCUCGGUGCUUCGAAAUAUGGAGGAGUUUGAAGAGGGUCAGACCGGCAAGAUUAACUUGGACAUGGACGGCGAGAUCCUCGACGUGGUGGUGAAUUACUUGCACUAUCACUACAAAUAUAAGGACCAGGAGGAGCUGGGCGAGAUUCCUGAAUUCAAGAUACCCACCCACCUAGCUCUCGAGCUUCUAGUCAAGGCCGACUACUUGGACAUAUAA